AUGUUUAAACGAUUAAAUUUAUUGAAAAAUUACAAAUCAGUUGGGUUAAGAUUUAACACAACUAUUGCUAAACCAAGGUUUACUCCACAAGAGUUGGAAACAGCUAGGGUUUUAAGAUUGGAAAAAUUAGGUUGGUUAAAACAUUUACCUACAAAAUGGAUACCUUAUUUUGAAUUAAUGAGAUUAGAAAAACCAGUUGGUACUUGGUUAUUAUUAAUACCGUGUUAUUGGUCAAUAACAAUGGCUUCUUACUCAAUUGCAGCACCUAUUACAACUACUUUAUCAACAAUUGGUUUAUUUUCAAUUGGUGCGUUAGUUAUGAGAGGUGCUGGUUGUACUAUAAAUGAUAUUUGGGAUAGAAAUUUGGAUAAUCAAGUUUCAAGAACAAUGGAAAGACCAAUUACAAGUGGUAGAGUUACUGUUCCAAAAGCUGUUGCGUGGUUAGGUGUUCAAUGUUUUGCAGGUUUAGCUGUUUUGUUAAGUUUACCUUUUGAAUGUUUUUAUCUUGGUGCGUUAUCAUUACCUUUUGUAUUUGCAUAUCCAUUAUUUAAAAGAUUUACAUAUUAUCCACAAGCAAUUUUAUCAAUUUGUUUUAGUUGGGGUUGUUUAUUAGGAUUUCCUGCAGUUGGUGCUCCAUUAAAUUUAUUUGUUGCAAUUCCUUUAUUUAUAAGUAAUUGGAUUUGGUGUCUAACUUAUGAUACAAUUUAUGCUCAUCAAGAUAAAAAUUAUGAUAUAAAAGCAGGUAUAAAAUCUACUGCAUUAGCAUGGGGUAAUAAAACUAAACCAAUAAUGAAAGGGUUAACUAUUGCACAAGCUGGAUUAUAUGGGUUUGCUGGGUUUAUGAAUUCAAUGGGUCCUGGUUUUUACAUUGCUGGAGCAUAUGCAAUUACAAGAUUAUAUAAACAAAUUUUAAAUGUUGAUUUAGAUAAUGAAAAAUCAUGUUGGAGUGCAUUCACUUCAAAUAUUAAAACUGGAUUUAUAUUUUGGUAUGGUAUUGUAUUUGAUUAUUUAAUGUUAUUAGCAAGUCAAUUUAUGUAA